GUGCUGUGUGUGUUUGGGUCCGUGUUUCUUUCUGUACGUUUGGUGGUGUCUGCUUGUGUAUCUGUGCUUAUGUGUCUUAGUGUGUGUUUAUUGCUGUGAGGACUCCCUGGGUCUGCGUGGAAGGCUGUGUGUGUGUGCGUGUGUGUGUUCAUGCAGUCUAGCAGAUAUGUUGUAUUCUCUAGGCAUUAAGAACAGAACCCACUGAGGAUCUAACACCUACAGGUCAGUCAGCACAGGCCAGGGGUUGUGGUGUGAGAGGCUGGGACUGGGCCCGGAGCAUGGAGCUGUGUUAAGGAAGGUCUGGUUCUAGAUCCAGGGCUAGGGACCGGGAUUGAGACCUGGUGUCUGAUUGAGGCUGUAGUGAUGCAGCCACAGAGGCCUUGUCUGUGGAGGUGGAGGGUCCUGCUCUGGUCCACACUACUCCUCCUUUGUCCCCUCAGAGCCACAGGGCAUCCCUUUACCGUUGUCGAAGAUGGCUUGCCUUGGGAGACCGGGAGUGGUGACCCUGAUGUAGAACAAACUGUGAGACGAGAAAAUUGGAACCAAUGUCUAGAGGGCCAGGAUGUGUUUUCCACGAUCAGAGAGAACAGCAUGAUGGGAGAACUUAUCAUUGAGCUCAACACAGAGCUGACGGCCAAUGAUGUUGUCUGGAGCCUAACUGGGGAGGAUGCUGAUUGGUUCUUCCUGGAAGGGCGGAGCAUUAGACUCAAUGCCUCAUUGGACAGAGUUCUGGACCGGGAGGUGCAGGGCCCAGUCCUAAUGGCAGCGUUGACCUGCUAUGAGGAGGACACUGUGAAGAGUGAGUACAGGAUCAUGGUGGAGAUUCUAAAUGAGAAUGAUAACACUCCUGAGUUUGUGGAGAGCACCAUUCAGACUCGCAGCAUCAGUGAGCUGGCGGAGGUGAAUACAGUGGUGUUUACAGUCCAGGCCACAGAUGCAGAUGACGACACCAUCAUGUACUCCAUCGACCAGACCUCGCCUGAUGCUGCCUGCUUCAGAGUGGAUCUCCCUAACAGUGGAGAGGUGAUACUGGCCAAGCCUCUGGACUACGAGACCAAAACACAACUGGAGAUCACCAUAUACGCUUUGGAGAUGAACACUGCAGAGAAGUUCAACACCAGUGCCAUCCUGACCGUGAAUAUCUUGGACGGAGACGACCAGUACCCACAAUUCCUGCCGUGCACGCCCCUCUCCAACAACCAAUCAAAUCGUGUCUGCACCAACCCCAUCUACACAGUUAACAUCACAGAAGGCCAACAGGACGUUCUUCUGGACUUCUCUCCGGGGCCGAUCAAUGCUGUGGAUGGAGACAGAGGCCUCAGCUCACCUCUCAGCUACAGCAUCCUGUCAGGGGCUGAUAGCGGGCAUUUCGUGAUGGAUGAGCUGACAGGGGAGGUACGUCUGACAAGAGGAGUAGAGAACAGACUACAGACACCCACACUACGCCUACGAGUCAUGGCGUACCAGAGGAAUGACCCUAGGAAGUACUCAGUUGCCACCGUGGUGGUCCAUGUUGUGGCUGUCAACCACUUUCCUCCCCAGUUCGGUCGGGCUGAAUACCGUGGCUUUGUCACCGAAGGCGACAGCCCUGCCUCACUGGUCAACACUUAUGGCAACACUGUGCUGCUAAUACAGACACAGGACAGGGACUUCUCUGAUGGAAUCAAUCCCAAGAUGCACUACUCCCUGAGGUCCUCGUCCAAUCACACACAGUUCUACCACAUCAUACAGGAGGGGCUUCUGAUCGCCAGGACCAAUCAGCUACGGCCAUCACAGAAACACCGUCUGAAGGUAGUGGCUGUAGAUCUGGAGUCAGGUGAAAUGGCCACGGCUCUCAUAAAGGUGGAGGUGCUGUAUGAAGGACAAACAGUCCCUCAGGGCCCAUUGGGGGACGGGCUUCUUCCUGGUAGCUGUGCAGUGGGCAAGGCUAUGGGUGUGGUCAUCCUGGGGCUGACUCUGUUAGGCUGCGCUCUGUAUGCACUGCAGCAUGUACUCCAGACAAACAGAGGACAGAAGGACCCAGAGGACAGGGGCUGUAUAGCCCAGGGGAAACACCCCAACGUGAGAUUACAAUGGUUCCAACUGGUGAGUCACAGUAGUCCCAUGCCAGUUCUGGAUGAGGUGAAAUUAAAAAAGGAGGGUCUGAGCAGCUCCACCUCCAAGCUACUGGGCAGUCAGAGCAUCUACACCCCUGCAGACUCCAACUCUUCUCCACUCAAUUCUAUACCUAUAGCUACAUCCUCAACGACCUACAUCCAGCCUAUACUACCCAGCACCACUCCUACAGACCCCAGUCAUGGCCCUACUUCACCCAACUCCACCCAUACACCUGCUACAACCACCACACCUGAACUACUCACAACAUCCACUCAACCCUUGGACAACUCUAGCUUUAGCACCCCCACUCACCCCACACCUACCCUGAAUCAGAUGUCCGAACCUUUAUCUACAGACACAUUUUCACGUACACACCCCUUCCCUAUUGCAGAAGAGGUAGAUACACCCACUCAGGUAGAAGAGACCCCUAAAGACACACCUUUACCUCCUCCCAUUCCUAUCAACUCACCCCCUCACCCCACACCUCCUCCUACCUCAAUGACCACACCUCUCUUUCUUUCACCUACUCCAGACCCAAUACACACUCCAGAGUGUACAGGAGAUACUCACACACCUUUACUUACUCCACCCUGUCCAGAGCAGGACAGGGUAGGGACACCCCCACCUAAACCCACCCCAGGGAAGGCACACAUACCUGUACUGACCACGCCCUCCCCAGAGCAGGUAGGACCACCUGGGUACCCUGAGGAGUGCAGACCCUCCACACACAGCCCUGAGACAGCCUCCAUUGGGGAUGAUGACUGCUUCCUGGGGGAUGAAGAGGCCAUCAGGACCAGUGAUGAUGAUGAUGAUGAGGAUGAAGAGCUGGUGAGACUCUGUUCUUGCAUACAGCCCACAUUCCUGAUAACAGACUAUGACAAUGACAUGACUACUGAGAUCCCCGCCAGCGGUGGAGAGGGGGAGGGGACUGGGAAUGGCGAAGGAGUGGAGAGAGAGAGGGAAUAGAUAGAGGGAGACAAGGGAGGGGUAGAGAGAGACAGGGAUUAUAUGGAAGGAAAGAGGGGUCAUUUGGAGAGCGAAGCGGAGAGUUUGAAACAGGGGAGUCAAUCAUCUCAACCCUGUAAUAUCAAGCAGGAAGUAUCAGUGGGCCAAUCAAAGGAGAGAUAGACAGUAACCCAGCAACACUCUCUAACUAAGAGUCUCUUUGGCUCAGAAUAAAUUAGAGGAAAAACAAAAAGAAAUGGAGAAAUUUAUUCAAGAAA